ACUGAGCCCCCUGCAGUACGCCACCUCCUUUGACGUUGGGUAGUAAGGGUCACUCUUCUUUUUUCUCUCCGGUGAUUUUUGUUUUGUUUUGUUCCUAAGUUUGCAACCUGAAACGAUUAGCUUGAAAAGAAUAAUGGGGCCACACCAUGACCUUCGAUCGGGAUCGACCUUGUCCGAGGAUAGCCACUCCGAGGGGACGCUUUCCCACGCCAACAGUUUGGAAAAGAUGACGCCCAUCGCUUCUGUCAACGAAGAUGGCCUGGCCGAGCAGAAGUUCCGGGUCGACAGGAGGAAACUGGAGGCUAUGAUCCUCGGCUGUCCAGCCGAUCCUAGAGAUGUAGAGUUUAUGAAACUGCCAAUUCGUAUGGAUGGCAGGGUACUUUCAGCCGAGGACUUUUUCCAGAGGAUAAUGGACAAAACCAAGACAGACAUAAAGUACCCUAAGUUUUUGAAAGUUGGAGCCAGGAAUAAGAAAGAUCCUCAUGUGCGGGUGGUUGGUGAACCAGAAGCAGUCCGCAUCGCAGGUGCAAUGGUCCGCCAGGAACUUGAACCUCUGAGUAAAGUCACCAUGAAGCUUGAUGUGUCAUGGGUACACCAUUCCUUCAUCAUUGGCAAAGGAGGAAUCACCAUUCAGCCAAUUGUGAAACGCACAGGUGUGAGCAUUCACUUUCCCGACGGCAACAAGAACAGCGAGGUUAGUAAGAGCAACCAGGUCUCGAUCAACAGCCGUGGCGAGGAUCUUUCAGGUCUUGAAGAGGCCAGGGCAAGUAUACGUGAGCUUACUCCCAUUGUGUUCACCUUCACUUUGUCUGCAAGAGCCCAGUUCAUCAACAUUAAGGAUCCAAGCAUACUUAUGCAACACGUGCAAGCAACUUACAAUGUACAGGCUGACCUCAGAGUGACAGAUGACAUCUCACCUGUGAUUGUGGGAUCAGUUAGGGGCAACAAUGAAUUUGAUGCAGCUCGUGUAAAGGAAGCUACACUUUGCAUUCUGCAGGCUUAUUGUGAUAAACUGGCAAAACAAAUGCCAGUGCAGAUGACCUUGGAGAUCUCUCCUCAGCAUCAUUCUUUUGUUCUGGGAAAGAAUAACGAAAUAUUGAAGCGCAUCAUGCAGCUUACUGCCACAAAAAUCACAUUCCCAGAUGCAAGUGAUUUGAGUACACCCCCUUUAAAGAGAUCUACUGUUUUAAUAAGCGGUUCUGUUGACAAUGUUUAUUUGGCUCGGCAAAAUAUACUGGGAUGUUUACCACUGGUCCUGAUGUUUGAACUUAUGCCAGACCAGGAUGUGGAUCCAAACGAACUAAGGCAAAUCAUGCAGACUUGGGAUGUAAACAUCUUUCUGAAGAAUAAGAAGCUGGAUGGACGGAGACUAGUGGUGAUUAAGGGUGCUGAGAAAAAUGCAGAUAACAUUUACGAAGCAUGGCGCCUAAUCUCUAAGGCUGAGAAGGAACCUCCUAAAGCACGUAUUCCUUCUUCCUAUAUCAUUCCUGAAGCAGAUCCUUUGUAUGGAAUUGGUAAUUUAAACAUUGGUCAGUGGCUGGGGAGCAGCAAAUCCCCCAGUCCUGUUCUGCCUCACUCUCAAGGACAAUCCAGCACUCACUGGGAAGGGGGAUUGCCUUCCGCUGGCAGCCAGGUUCCUUCGUUCCUUCCCAGGUCACCGUACUCUCCUUUAGUUCUUGACCCUGGAUCGACCUUGUACUCGAAUAACUACCUGUCGCUCUCGGGGAAUCUUGACGAUUAUAGCAAUGGUCUUCUGCCAAAGUCUUCAGGGAAUGGAUGCGCUUCAUCUGGACUGAACAUCAACUCAAUUAUUCCUUCUGGAAUUGUCACCAGCAUGAGGGACGCAUCUUGUGGAAACAGUAGUAACACUGGGAGCUCUGUUUCCUCUCCUAUUCAGUCUCCUAGAGACACCUCACCUGACCAGCUAAUGACAAGCCAAGGGUCGCUGCUGUUUGGCGAUUAUGAUUCCUCCUCGAAAAUGGGAAUGAAAGCUCUUUCGGUGAUGAUGACAGAUAUUGAACGCCGUGCCCCAGGCUGCGAAAAGAAGCGGAUGGAACUCGAGCAUCAAAAGUUGAAUCCGUUGUCAGAUUACAGUUCUAAAAAGCUUCAGGCUGCCAAGGCUAUGAAAGAACAAGUGAAUGCUGCUGGUCCACGUACUCCAACUUCAAAUUGGUCUGGGUAUGGCUUCAGUAAGAGUAUGCCAGAUUUCAUGAUCCGUCAAAGGAUGCAGGAGAAGUGGCUUCAGAGUAACUAUGCACAGAAAGAUGUCGAUAAAUGGGAUAGUUGGAAAGCACCAUCAGGAGAAUAUUCAGGAUUCUCAAACAGCCAAGGCCUCUCAGAUUUGUCCUACUCAUCCCACCUGUCUCAGAUCCCUGAAAAUGUAAGCACUGCUGAGGCAGAGUUAACCUUGCAAAGGCCACCUGUCAAUUUCUCAGCUAGUAACAUCAUGGACUGCAUCUUACCUCGCUCAAACAAGGUGAACACCUCAGGGCAAAUGGACAUCACAUCUAUAUUGACAGACAUACAACUGGAACAGUAUAUUGAUGUGUUCGCGUCCCAAGAUGUUGACCUAAACAUGUUCUUGACAUUGGAUAGUACAGAUCUCAAAGAACUGGGAAUUAAGAUAUUCGGACACCGGAAACGCAUCUUGAUGGUUAUAAAAGUAUAUCGUUAA